UGCCUCUUUUUUUCUUUUUCUUUGUUUCAUUGGUAGAUUUUAAUUUCUAGUAAAUCAUAUAUAUAGGUCAAUAUAUUUUUUUAUAUCAUAAAUUUUCUUUUCUAUCUAUAAAUACGCAACUUCAUUCAUAUUAUAAAUUUCACAUAUAUAUUUUUUAUUCUUUGUUUUUAAUCUUGUGACAAAUUAAGUACCAAUUGCUUUGAUUCUCAAAUAGCUAGAAGGAACAAAAGAAGAGAUGUUUGAGAACAUUGUAAAUGCCCUUAGCACACUUUGUUGGAAGAAUAGUGAUCGCAUGAUGAUAAAAGGGAGAGUGGUAUUGAUGAAGAAAAAUGUGUUGGAUUUUAAGGAUUUGAGUGCUUCUUUACUUGAUAAUCUUCAUGAAUUUGUGGGCAAGAGUGUUUCUCUUCAACUUGUAAGUGCUUCUAAUGGUGACCCGGGCAAUGGCAUGAAAGGAAAAGUUGGAAAGGUUGCAUAUUUGGAAGAUUGGAGUACCACAAUCACACCAUCAUUGUUAGCUGGAGAAUCAACAUACAAUAUUACAUUUGAAUGGGAUGAAGAAAUAGGAACACCAGGAGCAUUUUUAAUAAAGAAUAAUCAUCAUAGUGAAUUCUACUUAAAAAGUUUGACACUUGAAAAUGUUCCUGGCCAUGGUGUUAUACACUUUAUAUGCAACUCUUGGGUAUACCCUUCACAUAAAUAUCAAAAGGAUCGAAUUUUCUUUAGUAACAAGACGUACUUUCUAAGUGAAACACCGGAGCCACUUCUUAAGUAUAGAGAAGAAGAACUACAAACUUUAAGAGGAAAUGGAAAUAAUCUACAAUUGCAAGAAUGGGAUAGAGUAUAUGAUUAUGCAUACUACAAUGAUCUGGGUGAUCCUGAUAAAGGUCCAAAGUACGCUCGUCCGGUUCUUGGGGGGUCUAGUGAGUAUCCUUACCCUCGAAGGGGAAGAACCGGCAGACAACCCACAAAGUCAGAUGCUAAUAGUGAGAGUAGAUUGAAUCUUGUGAUGAGCUUAGACAUCUAUGUUCCAAGGGAUGAAAGAUUUGGUCACUUGAAAUUGACUGACUUUCUUGGUUAUGCACUAAAAGCAAUAGUUCCAAUUAUCAAACCUGAAUUAGAAUCACUAUUUGAUAGUACUCCUAAUGAGUUUGAUAGCUUUGAAGAUGUACUUAAACUCUAUGGUGAGAUUAAGGAAAUUAGGGAUUAUAAUAUCCAUGCAGAGAGGCUCAAAGAAAAUCUCCAAAUUGAUGGUGAAAAGCUUUUCAAAUACCCUGUGCCUCAAGUAAUUAAAGAGGAUACAUCUGCAUGGAGAACUGAUGAAGAAUUUGCAAGAGAAAUGUUGGCUGGUGUAAAUCCUGUCAUAAUUCGUCGCCUCCAAGAAUUCCCACCAACAUCUAAGCUAGAUCCUAAUAUCUAUGGCGAUCAAUCUAGUACAAUAAGGAAAGAACACAUUGAGAGCAAUUUGGAUGGACUCACAGUUGACGAGGCAAUUGCACAGAAUAAGUUGUUUAUAUUGGAUCACCAUGAUGCAUUGAUGUUAUACUUGAGAAGGAUAAAUUCAACUUCUACAAAGACAUAUGCUAGUAGGACUAUUCUUUUCUUGCAAAACAAUGGAACUUUGAAGCCAUUGGCCAUUGAAUUGAGUUUGCCACAUCCUGAAGGAGAUCAACAUGGUGCUAUUAGUAAAGUUUACAUUCCUGCAGAAAAUGGUGUUGAAAAUUCCAUCUGGCAGUUGGCUAAAGCUUAUGUAGCAGUAAACGAUUCCGGCUAUCAUCAACUUAUCAGCCAUUGGCUGCAUACUCAUGCGGCGAUUGAACCAUUCAUUAUAUCUGCAAACAGACAACUUAGCGUGCUUCACCCCAUUCAUAAACUAUUGUAUCCUCACUUCCGCGACACAAUGAAUAUAAAUGCACUUGCGAGACAAAUCCUCAUCAAUGCAGGUGGUAUUUUAGAGGCCACAGUUUUUCCAUCCAAAUAUUCCAUGGAGAUGUCAUCCGCGCUUUAUAAGGAUUGGACUUUCCCUGAACAAGCACUCCCUGCAGAUCUUAUCAAAAGAGGAAUGGCUGUUGAAGAUUCAACGUCACCGCAUGGCCUUCGACUAUUGAUCAACGAUUACCCUUACGCAGUGGACGGCUUAGAGAUUUGGUUUGCAAUCAAAACAUGGGUUCAAGAUUAUUGUUCCUUUUACUACAAAGAUGACGACACAGUGAAGAACGAUGUAGAGCUACAAUCUUGGUGGAAGGAAUUAAUAGAACAAGGUCACGGCGACAAGAAAAACGAACCAUGGUGGCCAAAGAUGAAAACAGUUAAAGAGUUGAUUGAAACUUGCACAAUCAUUAUAUGGAUUGCUUCGGCUCUUCACGCAGCUGUAAACUUUGGACAGUAUCCUUAUGCAGGUUACUUACCAAACCGUCCAACGAUAAGUCGUCGAUUCAUGCCUGAGAAAGGAACAAUAGAGUACAAUGAACUUGUGGAAAAUCCUGAUAAGGCUUUUCUGAAAACAAUCACGGCGCAACUGCAGACACUUGUUGGCGUUUCGCUUAUUGAAAUAUUGUCUACUCAUUCUUCUGAUGAGGUCUACCUUGGACAAAGAGACACUAAGCAUUGGACAUAUGAUGCAGAGCCAUUGGAAGCAUUUGAGAAGUUUGGAAAGAAACUGAGAGAAAUUGAAGAAAGAAUUGUAGCUAUGAAUGAUGAUGUUAUACUCGAAAAUCGAAUUGGAGGGGUUAAAGUGCCAUACACUUUGCUUUUUCCUACAAGUGAAGGUGGAUUAACUGGUUCUGGUAUUCCCAAUAGUGUCUCCAUUUGAAAUGCCAAUGUAAGCGAUCAUGACACGUAUUCUUUUACUUGGGUAGGAUACUUCAUCUAAGGUUAUGUUUUGUAUCACGGUGGUUUACUGUGAUUUUUCAAAAGCUACACUUUGUAGCUUCUGCAAAAUCACGGUGAAUCACCGUGAUUCUGACAUAUUCACCGUGAUAUCAAACAUAGGUUAAUAAGGGAUCAUCACUACCUUAAAACAUGCAACAUUCCAAUGGAUCGGUGUAGUUGUAGGGUGAAGGAGUAUGUAUAUGGUGUUGGUGUAUUAUUAUAUAUUGUUUCUAAUAUUUUAUGAUGAUCUUGGUUUCCAUUUAAAUAAAAAUUGUAAUUUAAUA